CGCUCCGACUCGCGCGGCCGUGGAAUAGCGCUUUUAAUUCAUCUGAGGUUUGUCCCAAUUCGCUUACCUUACUUACCCUCUGAGAAAGCGUCUGCUUUUUGUCUGAGGGGCAGCCUGUAGAAUGAAAAUAACUUCUUGGAGAUGACACAAGCAGAUGUUAGCUAACCAGAUAUGACCACACCAUUUGGAUGGUCCAGCACUGGUACAGCAGAGAGGGAUGUGCCUGUUAUACGCCUGAAAAAUGACUCAGACCUCACGGAAAAGUAUGAAUUUGGUAGUAAAUUGGGCCAGGGUAGUUUCGGAGAAGUUUACGAAGCCACCCACCUUGAGACACGGACAAAAUGGGCAAUUAAGAUGGUUCACAGACCAGCACCAGGAAGUAAGAUGGUUGAGACGGUGGAUAACGAAAUAAGCAUUCUUAAACAAGUAAAUCAUGCUCACAUAAUACAUCUUGAGGCAAUCUACAACUCAGCAGCGAUGAUUUAUUUGGUCACUGAGCUGUGCAAAGGAGGUGACCUGAAGCAGCUGCUGCAGCAGAAGAAGAGCUUUACAGAGGAUGAGACUAGAAAAAUCAUCUUUUCUUUGGCUGACGCCGUUGUUUACCUCCAUCAAAGAAAUAUCGUGCACCGGGACCUGAAACUUGAAAACAUUCUCCUGAAGAACUCUUCUAAUGAGGGUGAUGACAGAUUUGAUAUCAAGGUAGCAGACUUUGGAUUGUCGGUGAAGACAGGUGGUGUAGCGAUUGGGAACAUAAUGACGGAGGCCUGCGGGACUCUCAUCUAUAUGGCUCCUGAAAUGAUGAGUGGUCGUGGAUAUAGUCAGUGGUGUGAUGUUUGGAGCAUAGGAGUCAUUAUGUUCAUGUUGCUCUGUGGAGAACCUCCGUUUGUUUCCCAAACCCAAAGAGGUCUUCUUAAAGAGAUCAUGAACAAAGUUAGAUUUACUCAGCCUGCCUGGGCAUCAGUCAGUGGUGCAGCUUUGGAUUGUGACUGUUGCCUUGAGUUUGUCUCAACAGCCAAAUGGGUGUUGACUUACCUCCUGAAGGUGGACCCUGCCUAUCGCAUGACUGCUCGUCAGCUGCUGGAGACUCCCUGGAUUGCAGGUGAGCAUACAGUACCUUCUGGACCCAACAAUGUGCUGGAGAUGAUUGAUCAAUUACUGGAGAACAACACGAAUGAAAACAGAAGUUAUCCAGGAACAGAACCUGUGAAGGACUGGUCCCUCGUCUCUGCUGAGGAAACACCAGAGUCAUCUCUGGACCACAGCUGUUGGAGUGGAGCUGAUCUCGGUCCUGAGGCAGUCACAGAGCGGUUAAAGAAAGCCCACAACAGAAAAUCUGCACACUCAUCACUGACCCAACAGGACUGCCGCCCACCGCUGCGCAGUGCCUUGUUGGAGUGAAACGCCCAACACAGCUGAGAGCAACAGGGCGUAAGAGCAAGACGGAGCCCAGCACGGGACAGAAGCCAACCCUAAACUCCAGUAAGAUAGAAGACAAACCAAGUCCCACAAGGAAAGGACUGUCCUCUUUUAACCGGCGGCCCGUUAAGAACCCAACACUAAAUGUGAAUAAAACAAGCGAGACGACUAACGGAGCCAUACUGCAAAGGAAAAUGUGAGAAAUUGAACUCGAGAUGGACUUCCAAGUGUGCAAGGACUAAUAUUUACAAAUAUGUAUGUCAUUAAUUCUAUUUUUCAACAGAAAGGUGAAUGUCACCACUGUGCAGCUUUUUCUACACGGGUCAGUCUCAGCAGUAGCUGUGGUGUCAAAUAAAUAAGCCACAUAUAUAAACAGUAAAAGAAGUCCACUGAGUCUGACAUGGUUCACACUGGGAAGCAUUAUCUGGUGCCAAAUGAGAAGUCUGAGCUGCUCUCCCACACGGGGAAAACUGCUUAACUUGCUUACUGCAAGCUGCUUUUUUUUGAAUGAUUGUUUCCCUGUUGAUUUCACUGAUAAUGUAUGGCUUUCGUGUUUUUACAUUCUUAGCUCCUUUCACUUCCAAAUGUGUAAAUAGAUGCUUAAAAGAAUGGAAACGUACCAAAAGUGAAGCAAAGUAAACGGUGAUGUUUCGCAUCUAAUAAACGUGUUUUAUCGGUGCACGUUCCACUGUACAGAUGCAAAUAAAUAAAUAAAUAAACGUUUUUGGAUAUAAUUUCACCACACCGACAUGAGCAACCGAGAUUUUCUCUUUUCUGCUCUGACCUCUCAAUUCCAAAACAUUGUAUAUGCAGGGGCUGCACCCGCUCGGUGUCAAAACAGAACGACUGUCACACAGGCUGGUUCCGCUCGUCUAAACGCAGAGGACUGGGACCGAGGGCAGCCGCGGGUCUAAUCUCGUUUGGAGGCCAUUGAAAGCAGCAGGAGCUACUUUGAGGGCACUGCCAUUCAACCACAGGUUUUUUCUUUCUUUUCCCCGCUGUAGAGAGAAUAAUCCCCAGCAUAGAUACAACAUUAAAGUACCCGAGCAUAACACAGAGGGUGCAUUUCAAAUCCACCCAUUUGCAUCUUGAAGUGAAUGAGUGCCAACAAUGGAGGCCCGUGUUCGUGCACAGGCUUUACGUUUUAGUGCACAUGUGAGGAUGUAUCCAGCCUUCCUCUUUGUUUGUGCGUUUAGUGAAACAGAAAGUUCACGAGAGUGCACUAAUGACACGAGCUAGCUUUGAUUAAAUGCUGCUUGCCAAACGAAACCGCGACACUAAUGCAGCAUCGGUGACACUCACACACACACACACACACACACACACACACACACACACACACACACACACACACACACACACACACACACACACACACACACACACACACACACAAAGGGGGUUUGCUCUGAGUGCUGUAAACAGCAGAUGGAGCUGUAGUUAGUCACCAAAUUCAUUUCCAGGAGUUAAUCUGAGAGGAGCUACCUAAUUUUGAGCAUGAGGAUGUGUAAUUAGAACCGAGUGCUUGAGCCACUGCCCAUUAAAAACUGUGAUUUCCAUGUAAUCUGUCUCUAAUGAAUAUGUUGCAUGCUCACACCUUGAUGGUUAUUUCAGUUAAAAUAAAUAAAUCAAACAUUGGUCCCUUUGGGUUCUAGCUUUCAAUUUUGUUUUUAAAUAACUUCUAAAAAAAUCACAUGUGUAGUUAUUUUAACUUCCUGGUGGAUUUGCAUAGAGUCUAUUUAUACUGUAUUGUAUUAGGCCCAUUUUUUUGCAAGAGGAAAUGGGAGCUUUUGCAUAUAUUCCUCAUUGUGUUGCUACGUGUUUGUAAUUAAUUACAGGAAAACAAAAUGUACAUGCAAAACACGACCUGCAGCAGAUGUUAGUAAUGGUUGUGUGUGCUUCAGGGGUGAAUUUAUUCACGGAGAGUGAAAUGCAUCAGGAAAAUAAUGAAAGUA